UUUUUGAAAUGGAUCCGCCCUCUCAGGCUAUUCAUAGUGGCGUUGUUGGCUUUAUCGUGCUGAUCUUUAUUGUCGCGCGAGUCCUCACAACACGAGGCUUUGCAGCCCUAAGACCUGGAUUUAAUACAAGAACCAUUGUGACCUGGCUUGCUUGCACAUCGUUGACACUCAUGACCCUCUAUAGUGCACUGCUUGCUUAUAUUCUCUACAAGGAAACCAUGGGGGGUGUCUACACUGGACCUAGCCUCCAUUCUGUGUACAGUCCAGCUUCGGAUCCGCCGUCAGCCAAUUUCCCCAUCAAUGUGUCAUUUAUGGACAUGAGCGAGAAUCCUGAUUGGGAUAUCAAAAACAUGAAUAUAACUCUGCAGAAGGAUCAAAAGCAUUAUCAUGCUUUGAUCAUGAAGCCGAUUUCGCUUUAUUCCGUUUCGGAUAAACGCUUUCUUUUCUGUCUACGGAUAGUGAUAAAACUUUCGCAGUGUACUCUGAUGGCCUGUUUAUUCCUGUUAAACACAUAUUGGUGCCGUCAUGUGGAAGCCCUGGUGGAUGAAGGCGAUUUCAUGACUCGAUAUGAAAUGUACAUGUAUUAUAUCCUUGCUGCGCUUUCAAUCGUUCUCCCAGUGAGCACAUUAAUAGGCAUUGGUAAGGGGACUGGAGAUUGGAAUUUGGCCACCAUAGUCACUGAUGGCUUGCUGCUGGCUCUAGGGGUGGGCAUCAUUAUUGGAUAUGUCAUGACCUGCAUUCGGCUCCGAGCUCUCGAGCGUGACUCAAGGGACGUCAACGGAGACGACACGUCCAUCACGUUCCAGUUGACGUAUUAUGUUUAUUCCGUUUACUGGCUCAUAGGCAGUAUGAUCUCAAUCCUCCUUCUUGGGAUCUUAUACAAAGUUCAGCUGGUGAAGGCAGACUACCACCCGGUCUUAGCCAGAGCGAUCAAUGACCUGCAAGGGGCUCUUUGGAGCACACUUGUAAUCAUGAUCUACCCUGCUGCUAUGUUUCUGCUCUACCCAUCCAUGGAUGUUCUGACAAAGCCUGAGAACGACCCCUCUUCUAGAUUCCAGAAACGUGAGCGAAGGACUGUUAAGGAUGCACAACGGAUUCGUGAAAGCUUAUAUGUUGAGGGCGAUUCUGAUGGAGGUCACCACUCAAGCCUUCAUGCUCUCACCACACACCCAGGACUUACUCCGCGUGUCUCGGAGAGUUCUCAACCACAGACCCCUCAGCGAUACAGUUACUAUGAACCUAUGCGCAGAGAGCGCAUGGGUUCUAUAACGGCGAUGGUUAACGAGAUGCAACUGAUCAUGGAAGAGGACGGGGCUGGAUCAAUAGAGAUGACGAAUACUCCUCUACGUGUAAGCGACCGAGACAGCAAGUUGGUCGACAAAAGAUCGGGCAGACUGGUGGAAGGAGGUGAGUCGGCUGCCAUAGUCAAUAAGGGCUCUUUACAAGCAGCUUCCUCUGACGGGCUAGGAUCUAAUAGUCCGAAUGCUUUUGACGACGACAACCUGGAGCAGAGAGCAGCUUCUAGAGAGAUAGAACAGUCAAUGCCACCAGGCCACCCCUGGAGCCAGUCACCAAUGGCAUUUCCACUCUCGCUCCGGACGGAUACCUCCGAAGACUUCGCGACAAUGGUUCUAUCGGCGGCUGAUAAACAGCCUCCCCCCUUAACAGUUCAGGCUGAUAUAAAUACAGCUUUUGCAACCAAUAAAGCGGCGUCACCUACAUCCACGCCAAAAGCAGUGAUUACACCGUUGACAGGUAUCCUUAAGACGAAGAGCAACCCUUCAAACCCACCUGAAAUAGGAGGAAUUAACAACAACACCGCAGUAGGAUUCAACCGUUCAUCAACAGCACCCCCAAACACGUCAGCAUCUAAUUAUGGAGCCCGCACAAGCUCUAUCCAGGGUGUGCAACAGACAAAGAAGAGUAAUGAUAAUGCAGCGGUCAGGCGAAGAUCUUCCAGCGCAAGCUUAUCAAAGCCGCCGCUGGAAGUGUCGGCGUCAUCGUUGCACUCUAGCGCGGAGCCAAUGCCUCUUUCACCAACUUCUCAACAAAGAAGGUCUAAUGUUACAGGACGGUUUGACGCUGGAGCUCUAGCGCUGGCAACACAAUUGCAGCACCAGAGCCAACAUGUACAGCCACGGUCCUCAAAACCGAAACAAUCAAAGGAUGGCCUGGAAGUAGACUAUUUUGGGUUGAGAAAGCCCUCAGGCGACAAUUCAGCAUCCACGACGCCACCACCCCUGCCAUAUGAGCCUCAAGCCCAAGGUAUCCAACCGCUCGAGAUAAACAUGUCGCCAACCAUGACUGGGUUUCUUAUGGCGGAUCCUUACCCAUCUGCGGGCACGCGGCACUUCGACACAGCAGACUAUCACGACACAAGCUCAGCUGAAUCAGCAUCAGGGGCAGGAGCGGAUGCCUUAGGCCGAAGGGGAAGCACUGGAAGCAAUAAUAGCUCGAAGAAAUACAAAGCGCCACCUCCUCCUAUCCCCACGGAAGCGGCUAAUUCUUAUUCGAAAAACACAGACCAAAAAGCUUCAAGCUAUCCAGCUACACCCACCACACCCACUACACCUCCAGGAGUGAGGCCAAGACGCUCAGUGGAUACGGCGAUUGACCCUCAAUUACUGGAGAUGGCCAACCAAAUGUAUGGAGACCAUAUCGUACCGGUUCAUAUCCUAAAGCAUGUUACCACCCCUAAGACUGAGAAUCCACAGAUUGCGAGCUCACAUGUGCCUCCAGUGUCCCCUUCAUCGUCACUGCAGACUAUGGUAUCUCCGCCGAAGAGUCCAAAGAGGAUUCGCGAGCCUGUCGAGUCCAGGGCUAUAGAAGGAAGAGGGGGGGUUUCUUCCAUUACAAGCCCUCAUGUCCUCAAUCUAGCUCAAACUAAUGCAGUCAUACCUCCUUCACCCACAUCGACUGAGACCGCAUCGCCUACAAUCACCUCACCUACAACUCUACCUCGGCCCCUAACCCCCGCGUGGUAUGAGUCCAAAAAAACAAACCUUUCUUCUUCUACGAACGAUGUCCUAAACCAUUACAACGCAGUGAUGCGAGGCUCUAGUUAUCACAAACGCGAACAACAGCAACAGCUACAGCUACAAGAACAACCACUACGAUCGCCGACGCAAAUUCAAACCUCCGGCUUGAACAUUGGCAGUGGCUCUAGUCAACUUUAUUACCGUGAAAGUAUGGCUAGCCCGCUAGACGACACUGCUCAAAUUAAUGAUGCUUACAAUGGACAGAUAUUAGCGCCUCACCCUCUCCAGACAGCGGCAAAGCAGCGGCAGCAAGAGCAAGAGCAAGAGCAAGAGCAACAACAAUAUAAACGCAAUGGUGGUCAGAACCUGACGCAUUCAUCCCAGGCACGAAUGGGCUCAGCAGACAGUUUUGGUGUUGUUCGUCGACAUUCAUCUGGUGGAAAGAAAGAUGCUCCCAAUCAGCCCAUCGCUACUCGCCAGGAACUCCAUCAACAUGAACACGACUACCAACAGGCUACAGAGCGACAUCACCAGCAACAGCAGCAACCUCCGGUUGGUCAAAUAGAUCGUCACUCUUUUAUGAUGGCAUCUGAACCUUUAUCCACAUACAGCACAACAUGGACAGGUGACCUAUCAGAUGUGACAUAUACAUCGGGCGAGGUGUCUGUCGGUGCCUUUGGAGAUCGCAAAGACGUAUCAUCAUCUUCGAAGAUACAGCCACAUCCACCACAGAAGCACCACCGCAGGAAAAGUGGGGAAAAAACAGGAAGCUUGUCCCAAUCAUCCUCAGGACAGAUAAGUGGGCUGCAUCCCAGUGGAGAUGAGCAGGACAAAGAUAAUAGUGAUGCGCGUAAGAGCCAGGCGAGUGGCCUUUCUUACUCCACAAGCUUGUCUUCAAGGCAGUCUGGAGGAGCAUACUCGAAUUAUUCUUAUAACUCUGGCCAAGGAUCCGAUCCCAUUGUUGUAUCCGCUUCGAUGUCAGCUGCCGGGCUUCCAUCAGCAGCGCAUCCUCUUCAGAAAAGCAGCAGCGGAGUGUACAAAAAACGCUCUAGUCAUGCUCAUAAUAGUAAUUUAGGAAGUACUCAGAACAGCGUUGGUAUUGCAGGAAGCACUAGUGAGGGGUCGUUGAAAGAGACCUCAACUUUGCUGAGUGCAUCCACCACAAUGUCCAGGAUGAACAACAUGCGGUUGAGUGCGUUUGGUCCAGGGGACGAUGAGGAGGGGAUUGAUUCUGAUGCAGACAAUGAUAGAGUCACUCGAAGAGAAAGUGAUUAUCUCGAUCCAGAAGCUUCUCUUUCUAAUAACGCCAGUAAUAGUGGUUUUUAUAGCGAAAACUCUGACCCUUAUGCUCCCCAGGACUUUGAGCGCAAAGUUCAACAGGAAUGGAUGGAUCGUCGUGCGGCUGUGAAGAAGGGUUCCAAAAACCGCUUGGAACAACUUCAAAAGCAACAACAGGCUUCGGAAGAGCAGGAAAGGCUCUCGCAAGAACAGCAGCAGCACUAUGAUCAGGAGGAGGCACGCCAGCAGCGCAUAUUACAACAGCAGCAACGGUAUGAUCGGCAACAGCGCUAUCUGCAAUUGCAACAAGAGCAGAGUAAAAAUAGAGAUGAUGAAAUCGUAGAGGAGUUGAGGGUUUCUCCAAUAGCAGCCUAUUCGUUCUCGCGUACUGAAUCCACAGCGAUGUCCGUGUCAUCACCUUCUGUUCCAGCAACAACACCACCAGUUGAAUCCUCUGCAUCGUCGAUGAUUACAACAGUCAUAACAGAGCCGCCAUCUCCUUCGCCAAAUGCGCAGUUUAAUGCCUCUGCAUCUUCUACUUCUCCAGGAUAUUCUCAUGCCCAUCCCUCUCGACCUUAUGGAUCGGUUGCUUCGCCGACCUUCUCGACCCAUAGUACUCAUCCUUCGUUGCAUGAGCAUGACCAAGCAUAUCCGCAGAUGCAGCGACAUUCACCCAUUCUUGCUAGGGGAGCUGCUGGUCCUACAGCACCAGAGAAUGAGGACCUCGAGCCCAACCCGUUGAUCCAAUCUUCGGCAUCGUAUGCUCUUCAUCGGCAGAAUCAGUUGCAAAGGACCUCACCAGUGCCGCCGCCACUGUCCAACAAUCUGCUACAUUAUGAUUCUAUUGACUCUAUCGCAACGCUGCGAGCUCACCACCGUUAUCCAUCCGCGCCUUCCUCACCGCAACCACCACGUUCAAUACCAUCAUCACCUUCCCCAAUUUUACAGCGUCCUCAACUAUAUACACAGCAUAGUUAUAGCCAUCAACCGUUGCAGUCCCUCCAGUCCCCACAAUCUCCACAGUCUCCGAGGGCUUCGUUGACCGUUCUAGGUCCAUCCCAGUAUCGGAUCACGCCUGAAGAGACUGAUCUUGAAAUAGAUUCAAAUGAAAGAUCAUCAUCCAGAGCAACCGCUAGGACUGCUAGGAACUUGAGCCCUGUCCAAAGAACAAGUAGCCGACUGACGAACCUGACCAACCCCGAAUCAGAAUACCAAUGGGAGAGCGCGGAGCUGAAUCAACAUCGAUGGGAGAUGUUGGAGCCUUCUCGACGAGGCUAAGCUUGCCCAUAAUGUAAUUUAUUUUUUUUAAGACAUUUACCGUACAUAUAAUUGUUUCAAAAGUUACCGCCACGACAAUAGUUCCUACAUCGGCCAUCUUUCUCCAUCCUUUCCAAUCACUCCAUUAACCCUACUCUCUGGAUACCCUAUCCCUUGGCCUCUUUAGUGUUCCUCCACUAACUCAUCCAAUAUACCCUUCCCGCCUUCUUCACUUCUGCCUCCAGUAUAUAAGUUUAUUCCACUCUGUCGCAAUUAGUCUUGGUAUCUUUUACACGCAACACAUACAGACAUUUAUACAUAUUUAUCAUUUCAACGAACAUGAAGACUCGCACAACGAAUGAAUGAAAGAAAAAAUAAACAAUGAUAAUAAUAAAAAA